GGGCUCGUCAGGCACUCUUUUUAGCUGCAGUGGUUAUUGUUAUAUUUGCAUGCUUCCAUCUCCCGUUUCUGGUUGGUGACAACUCGUCCUUUUCGACUCUCCUUUUUCUCCCUCCCUGGAGCUCACAGACACACAGCAGGACAAGGGGAGAAACUGGAUUUGUCUCAUCUGAAGGACUCUAAGAAGCCCCAAAGCGUGUGCAAGUUUACGGAUCUGCUGAUAUUCUUCUUCUGCAACAACAAUGUCCAUGGUGAAGGAAACCUUCUGUGAUGCUGAUGCCACAGCCUGCUCGGGCACAGACUGCCUUGUUCCUCCCAGUAACUUCAAUGCCAUCCUGGGUGUGGUGAUGAGCACGGUGCUCACCAUCAUGCUCGCCAUGGUCAUGUUCGCCAUGGGCUGCACAGUGGAGGCUGCAAAGCUGUGGAGCCACAUCAAGAGGCCAUGGGGCAUUAUCAUUGGCUUCCUCUGCCAGUUUGGCAUUAUGCCUUUCACAGCUUUUGCCUUGUCGCUGGCUUUUAGGGUGGAAGCUGUCCAGGCAGUGGUCAUCAUCAUCAUGGGCUGCUGUCCAGGUGGCUCAAACUCCAAUAUCAUCUGCUACUGGUUGGAUGGAGACAUGGACCUCAGUAUCAGUAUGACAACAUGCUCCUCUCUCCUGGCCUUGGGGAUGAUGCCUCUCUGUCUUUUAAUCUACACCAGCGUAUGGACAUCCAGUGACAGCAUCAAGAUCCCAUAUGACAGUAUCGGUAUCACUCUGGCAGCCCUAAUCAUCCCUAUCGCUGUUGGAAUGUACGUAAAGCGCAGGUGGCCCGAGAAGGCAAAAAAGAUCCUGAAGGUGGGAUCAAUCGUUGGCUUGGGUCUCAUUAUCACUAUAGCUGUGAUUGGAGGAGUCCUCUACCAAUCGUCCUGGACCAUUGCUCCCGUCCUGUGGAUAAUUGGCACCGUCUACCCCUUUAUUGGAUUGAGCCUCGGGUUCCUCCUGGCUCGCUUUGUGGGUCAACCCUGGAACAGAUGUCGAACCAUUGCACUGGAGACAGGUAUCCAGAAUGCCCAGUUGUGCAGCACUAUCGUCCAGCUGUCCUUCAGCCCAGAGGAGCUGGAAAAGAUGUUUGCCUUCCCUCUCAUCUACAGCAUCUUCCAACUCGCGGCAGCACUCAUCUUUGUGGGAUGCUUCCAGCUUUACAAAAGAUGUUGUGGUGGUGGUGGUGGCUCGUCUGCAAACAGUGACGCUCCAUACUUGGAAGGUCAGAACGCUGAUGUAGAAGAGCAAAAGUACUGCCCACGGGAAAAUGGUGGCUUUGAGGGCGAUGAGAGCGGCAACAGGGAUGUGAAGGAUAAAAGCACUGGCAAAAGCACUGAGCUGUGAUAUUGCAGCUCUGAAUACCAGAGACUUUGGACUGUUGGUAGAGCAAUAACAACUGCAGCACUGAACACAGCAUUCCGACUCUACUAUGAAGACACACUGCACUCUGCAGGCUGUAUGUGAACCACACUAAACCAUUUGGAAAGGUUUAGCUAAAUUGGGUUGCACAAUUUUCUUCCCUGGGACAGUCAGCAUCUAACUUCAAGUGGGAGGGUGGUGGGGACCAACUGCUGAAUUAUGUGUUAUUUACUUUUAUUCAUAUGUAAAUAUUUAGAACCACUUUGUCUGUUAGACGUGUGUCUCUUAAUCAGUGCUUCAGUGAUUGUAAACAGGGUGUUUUGGGAUUUUUUUGUAAUGUGACAGCCCUAAUUUAUUUCAUAUUACUGUUAUUUCAAAAGCAAAUUGGUCACUAAAUGCUGUGGUUAGCUGUUGAGUGGGGAAGUAGCUAAAAGUCGAGGGCGAAUGAUUGAAAUAAUAAUGUAAUAGUUAUGGAUAAAUGGGUAAUGACCAUGUAAUCAAUCUCUAAAAGUCUGGGGUCUUAGCAAUCAGUUUUUCUGUCCAUACUCAAACAUCAGACUUUGAAAUCAACAUAUUUGCACUUUAAUAUAUUAGUCUGCUGUACUGCAAAGGGACUUUAUUCAAUUAAGCAAUUAAAACUUAUUUUAAUUUACUUGAAUUUUUUUUAGAUGAUGAGCUCCAACAAUUUUAAAGAAUACAUUUCUGUUCUCAGUUGUAUAGUUAUGAAUAAACAUUAUUUGCAAGUUA